AUGGGCUGCACUCCCAGCAAGGUGGUGGCCGCCGAGCCGCCGCCGCGCGAUGGCCUGCCGGGACCGACUGGCGCACCGCGAAACACGUCGUUCGCGGCUCACGGCCGCUGGCCGGAUCGCUUUGCACAUGAGAGAGCCAAGAUUUGCAUUGUCGGUGCUGGCGCAUGCGGACUGCUCAUGGCACGGAAGCUGCAGAAAAUGGGCUACCAGCACGUGCACGUGUACGAGCAGGCCGGCCGCGUGGGCGGCUACGCAACCACAAUCGAGGUGGACGGACGCUACUUCGACGUCGCCACCAAGUACAUUCCGACCGCGACCGCGCACGGCAAGGGCGCAAUCCCGCCCUUUCAGGAGAUCAUGGACGAGUACCAAGCGAAGCACGGGUUUACGUACGAGAAAACGCCAGGCAUCGGGUUCUACUCGUCCGAGGAGAAGGCCCCCUUGACGCUCCCGCCUCAGCUCGAGAAAUUCUCCCCGUUGCAGAUCGUGCAAGAGCUACUUUCGUACUUGCCGUUUUGA